GAGAAGACUCCACCUGGCACGGUUUUCCAGACAUCAUAUGUUCCUCACAGUCAGCUGCUGUUGUAUCUAGAAGUGAAUCACAGGUUGAUGAAAAAGAUUGCCAAGGAGAAGAAAAGACAUUUUGUGAAACGAGACUAAACAUCAAUGCAGGAGUUGAAAAUCAGGUCAUUUCCCAGACAAUAGUUUUCUCAUUCAUCCAAAGGAAACUAUAUCCACAUUUACAGAACUUUCUGAUACCAAACCUCCUGAUUUCCCCACUUCAUUACAGGAUUUUAAUGUAUGAUUCUCUCAAUGACAUCUUAAUCUGCAGUGUGCAACUCCCGAUCUUCCAAGACGAAGAGAAACCCAGAAAACUGAACAUUGCCUCCGUGGUUUUCCUCUGGAUGGUUUUGCAUUACAGAUUAUUCUGUGUAGGAAUUGACGUUAAAGCCGUACUGGAAUAUGGAUCUAUAAAAGACAUUAAAGAAAUUCAGUCACAGUUCCCAGAUAGGGCGGGGGAUAAAUUACCACUGUAUACAGGCUGUUGUAGAAUCGGUGUCUCAGAGUUUACCCCUGUGUCUGAGGAAGAUCUCCCAUCUUAUGACAAUUUUCUGUAUGGUAAAAGAUUGUUUAAGUCUCGGAGAUUGUUACAUGCCUUGAACAACAAACAAGACUAAAGUUUGUACAAUGUUGUUUUGUUUUUUUUUUAAUGAGAGUAAGAGUAAACUGUAAGAACAUGUUGAAGUUGAUUAUUCAAUUAGUACAUGUACAGUGUAGAUUAAGUUUUCAUUUCCACAAUAUGUGUUCAAACCAUAAACAAGCUUAAAUAUUACAAUUUAAUACCAAAAAAAAAGACAAAAUCCAAUGAAUAUUUCAGAACUUUAAUUAUAUUUUGUUUUAAUUAACUAUUUUCAAUUGUUUCAUGUUCUAUUUAAAUAUAUAUAUGAUGUUUAACAUGUUUAAGGCAUAUU